CAAGUCACUAAUGCACAAAACCAUAUGUACCGUAUUUAAACGCCGAAUUUCACCCUUCUCUUAUCCCACACCUUUCUCUAUUCCCAUCACUUCUCCCGCCGGACUCCAAUUCCUUCUUCACACUUUCACCGUUUCCCUUCUCUCGCCCUCUUCGGAACAGCGAGAGCUUGUUCUUCCAUGGGACCUUUGGCUUUAUGCUUCAAUGCCAAGAGCGACUCUGUUGCUUCUUCCGAUACAACUACUGGAUUUGGGCGAAACCUUCAAUUCAGACCCAAACUAUUUUUUUCUUCAAUCAGUACACAAGAAGAGAAGCCGUUUGAUUUCUUUCGUGCAUUAGUUGAUGGGGUUGUAGCUGGAGGGACGGCUGGAGUUGUUGUUGAAACAGCUUUGUAUCCGAUUGAUACAAUCAAAACACGGUUGCAGGCUGCUCAUGGAGGUGGUAAAAUAAAUUUUAAAGGGCUGUAUUCCGGAUUGGGUGGUAAUCUUGCUGGAGUCCUGCCGGCCUCAGCUGUUUUUGUUGGCGUAUAUGAACCAGCCAAGCAAAAAUUAUUGAAGUUUUUCCCUGAGAAGUUUAGUGCUUUUGCUCACCUGACAGCUGGUGCCAUAGGAGGACUAGCUGCUUCACUAAUUCGCGUUCCAACUGAGGUUGUCAAGCAACGGAUGCAAACAAGACAAUUUGCUUCUGCACCUGAUGCUGUUCGUCUCAUUGUUUCCAAAGAAGGUUUCAAGGGACUUUAUGCGGGCUAUGGAUCUUUUUUACUGAGGGAUCUGCCAUUUGAUGCAAUCCAGUUCUGCAUCUAUGAGCAACUUAGAAUAGGUUACAAGCUGGCAGCAAAGAGGGAAUUGAAAGAUCCUGAGAAUGCCGCUAUUGGAGCUUUUGCGGGUGCACUAACUGGAGCAAUAACAACUCCACUUGACGUGAUCAAGACAAGGUUGAUGGUACAGGUAUUUUGCAGCGAAACCCUUUUUGUUCCUUAUUUGCUUUCGCACUCUCUUUUGGUCGAUCUUGUAAGGAUCUUUCCAAAAAAUCAACAGAGUGGCUUCUGGAAUUAUUGGCUCGGUAUGUUUCCCUUUUUAGCCACUGUGGUACAUCAUUAGUCUUGCUAUUAUACAGGGAUCAGCAAACCAGUACAAAGGCAUAUUUGAUUGCGUGCAAACUAUAAUAAGAGAAGAAGGGCUGCCAGCUCUUUUGAAGGGCAUUGGACCAAGAGUGUUAUGGAUAGGCAUUGGCGGUUCAAUAUUCUUUGGAGUCCUCGAGAGCACGAAGCGUUUGAUGGCUCAGAAUCGUUCUAAUGAUAAAAAUUCCAGUUCCAAGGAGUAGGAACCUGAUUUGUUUAGAUGCGUAUGUUGAUGGACAUUUUGUUCAGACGUUAGAAAUAUGAGUAUGAGUAUAAAAGUUAAUCGGUCACGUCCUACAUGAUGAAAUCAAGUAUUUAUAUUCUUCAGUUCACCAUUGGGAUUCAUAGCCUUUUUCACUUUGCACAUUAAUAAACUUCCCUUCUCCUCAAAUGAAAAGAC